CACAGCGCUCUCACUUUCUCGGGGGAUUUUGUUGGAAGGGUUCGGAACAGCAGUGUGUCGCUUUGUUCGGUGGUUCUAAGACCGUUUUAAUUUGAAUUCAUUUCGGUGUCUUUUAUGAAUAAUCAAAAGCAGCAAAAGCCAACGCUAACCGGCCAGCGUUUUAAAACUCGGAAAAGAGAUGAAAAGGAGAGAUUUGACCCUUCUCAGUUUCAAGAAAGUAUUGUGCAAGGCUUGAACCAAACUGGCACUGAUUUGGACGCGGUCGCAAAGUUCCUCGAUGCCUCUGGCGCUAAGCUUGACUAUCGCCGGUAUGCAGAGACGCUCUUUGACAUCCUGGUGGCCGGUGGAAUGCUGGCCCCGGGUGGGACCCUUUCUGAUGACAUGACCCGUACUGAGUACUGUCUCUUCACAGCAAAUGAAGACCUGGAGACAAUGCAAGCUUAUGCUCAGGUUUUUAACAAGCUGAUCAGGCGGUACAAGUACCUGGAGAAGGGUUUUGAGGAGGAGAUCAAGAAGCUGCUGCUGUUUUUAAAAGGCUUCACGGAGUCUGAGCGUAACAAGUUGGCCAUGCUGACGGGCAUCCUGCUGGCCAACGGGAACAUAUCCGCGUCCAUCCUGAGCAGCCUCUUCAACGAGAACCUGGUUAAAGAAGGUGUUUCUGCUGCCUUUGCCGUCAAACUGUUUAAAUCCUGGAUCAACGAGAAGGACAUCAACUCCGUCGCUGCCAGUCUUCGAAAAGUCGGCAUGGACAACAGGCUGAUGGAGCUCUUUCCGGCUAACAAGCGGAGCUGCGAGCACUUCUCCAAAUACUUCACAGACGCCGGGCUGAAGGAGCUCUCGGAUUUCGCUCGCAAUCAGCAGUCCAUCGGUGCUCGUAAGGAGCUGCAGAAAGAGCUGCAGGAGCAGAUGGCACGUGGAGAGACCCUCAAAGACAUGAUUGGAUAUGUGCGUGAGGAGAUGAAGAAGACCAGCAUCUCUGAGCAGACAAUGAUCGGCAUCGUAUGGACGAGCGUUAUGAGCUCCGUGGAGUGGAACAAGAAAGAGGAGCUAGUCACUGAGCAAGCCAUCAAACACUUGAAGCAAUACAGCCCGCUGCUGAAAGCGUUCACGACACAGGGCCUGUCUGAACUCACUCUGCUCCUGAAGAUCCAGGAGUACUGCUACGACAACAUUCACUUCAUGAAGGCCUUCCAGAAGAUCGUGGUGCUGCUCUACAAAGCUGAUGUGCUGAGUGAGGAAGCCAUUCUAAAGUGGUACACUGAAGGGCACUUGGCCAAAGGCAAGAGCGUCUUCCUGGAGCAGAUGAAAAAGUUUGUGGAGUGGCUGAAGAACGCAGAGGAAGAGUCUGAAUCUGAUGAGGAGGAGGGGGACUGAAACACUUCAGCCACUGCCAGACUCGCAGAAUGUUUUUGUUAUAAAAAAGUGCUCGUCUUUCAGAGUUUGACUUUAUCUCCCCCCCCCCCCCCUUUUUUUUUUUUUUUGCCAACCCCCCAAAAAAAAAUUAAAAAUAAAAAAAUCUCCAGUCUCCAACCAUAACACUUUAGAUGUCGUUUAAGGGCUUUGUAAUGGUUAAUUUUAAGAUUUAUUUUGUAUCUGAUCUUAAGGUUUACACUUUAAAUGCAUUUGAAUUGACAACCCAGUUUUCUUUUUGUAAUUUUGGAUUUCGUAAAUUAUGCUCUCUGAUCACCUUUUCUCCCCCCCCCCCCCCCCCCCAAUGUUACAUUCCAUGAUGUCUGAAACGAGUUAAAAUGUCACCGUUGUGAUUAUGGAGAUGAUUAUGGAUACUGAUGAGUGAAAGAUGACCUGGUUAAAGCCCUGACCCUGUGUAGAAACAUCACUAGCUUCACCAACUAGUCUCCUUCAGCUAGUUGUCUUUUCAAAAAAAAAAAAAAAGCCUGACUUUAUGUCUGCUUUUGAUUUUCACAGAUUUCUUUAAUCCCGUUAACUUUUUUUAAAGAAAUAAAAAUGGGAAAUUAUCAAGUGCCUCUUAAA